AAGAGAGUUUUGAAAGGCUAGUGGCAGCCCUCUUUUGGGCACUUUUGGAGGUCAAGAUAGAAGAUCCAUCAAUGAGAAGAUUAAAGAUUUCAAUUACCUCAAAUUAGGAUAUUAGUGCAUGACCCGUAGUAGUGGUGGUGAUCUUGUUCCAUUUGAACAAGAAAUUGAGAGAACUUUUAGAGAGUUCUUAAGAGAGCAAAAGCAAAACAUUAUGGCAGAAGAAGGUGAAGGACAAAAUAAUGCACGCACUCUUGGGUUAUAUGCUACCCCAUCCCUUGAAGGAAUAGCAUCCAGCAUUAGGAGGCCAGCGAUUCAAGCCAAUAACUUUGAAAUCAAACCAGCUAUCAUUCAAAUGAUCCAACAAACUGUCCAAUUCAGUGGUUUGCCUAAUGAAAAUCCUUUUUUGCAUAUUGCUAGUUUUCUUGAAAUUUGCAAUACUUUUAAGGCUAAUGGUCAGCAAAAUCAGCAAGAAAAGAAGCCAAAUUUGGAGGAGUUGGUGCACAAAUUUGUUAGUAGCAUAGAAAUAAGGUUUCAAAAUCAAGAUGCUGCUAUUCAGAACAUAGAAACGCAACUUGGACAGAUUGCUGAUAUGGUUUCUGGAAGAGUUCAAGGAGGUUUGCCAAGAAAUAGUGAAAAGAAUCCAAGGGAGCAAUUAAAGGCUAUCACUUUGAGGAGUGGAAAAGAACUUAAAGAGGUAGGACAAUCUGAUGGGAAAGAAGAAGGUGUGGAAGCUGGUGAAUCAAAGCAAGAGGAGGAGCCUACAAGACUUUUUCAUAAUCCGACUGUCAAGCCUUAUAAGCCGAAAAUCCCUUUUCCCCAAAGAUUUUUGCAAGCUAAUUUAGACAACUAUGCAAAAUUUUUAAAGGAGAUCCAUGCUAAUAAAAGGAAGUUAGAGGAGUUCGUGAUAGUGAAGUUAAAUGAAGAAUGCUCUGCUAUUCUUCAGAAUAAGUUACCUCCUAAGUUGAAGGAUCCAGGGAGUUUUUCUAUUCCUUGUAUUAUUGGCAAUGUUAAUUUUGAUAAGGCUUUGUGUGAUUUGGGUGCUAGCAUUAAUUUGAUGCCUUUUCAUGUAUUUAGGAAACUUGGAUCAGGAGAACCUUCACCUACCACAGUCUCUCUUCAAUUGGCAGAUAGAAGCAUAAAAUAUCCAAGAGGAGUGGUAGAGUAUGUUUUGGUAAAAGUUGACAAAUUUAUUUUUCCUGUUGAUUUUAUUGUUCUUGACAUGGAAGAGGAUUUUGAAAUGCCUUUAAUUCUUGGGAGACCAUUCCUUGCUACUGGUAGAGCACUUAUUGAUGUUCAACAAGGGAAACUUAGUCUUAGAAUACAUGAUGAGGAGAUUGUUUUUAAUGUGUUUGAUGCUAUGAAAAAUUGUGAUCAUGAUGGCAGUGCUGUUUUAAGGAUUGAUGUGGUAGACAAUGUAGUGGCUGAAAAUUUUAAUGCUUCUAGAUUAGAUGAUCCUAUUGAUAAUUGCAUUGUUAAUGCUUUGGAUGUGAAAGUUGAUAGUGCAAACAAUAACAUUUUAGAGGCAGCAGCUAUUCUUGGGGAAAAAUGCCAUAGGCAGCCACAAAAAGGAGGGAAUUUUCUGCCCUUAGAUGCACCGUCCACUGUGACAAUCAAGCCAUCCAAAGAGGAGCCCCCUACUCUUGAAUUAAAACCUCUUCCUUCUCAAUUAAAAUAUGUUUAUUUGGAUGACUCAAAUACCUUACUUGUUAUAAUUUCUGCUUCUUUGAUAGGAAUAGAGGAGGAGAAACUCUUAAGGGUGUUGCGAGAACACAAAGGAGUUAUACGAUGGAGCAUAGCGGAUAUCAAAGGAGUUAGCCUUUCGGUUUGCAUCGGACGCUCGGCAGUGGUCGUAAGCAUUGCAUCGGCCCAGCUUGGCUUCGGCCGGUGGUAAGCGAUUUGCAUAAACAUCAUCAUUACAAAUAGUAAUAGUAUUAACUAAUGCAAAAUCAGUCAUGCUGGCGGCUGCGAGAAUUCUUGUGUUUGCUUCUGACUCCAUCAAGAUCUCUUGGUCCCCUAUGAAUUCUGCAACUCUAGAGGCGUGGAUGCUGCCUCCCAUGGUAGCUGUCAUCUCCGGGCUUUACCGAGGAGGAGAACCAUAUAUAAUACGUUGAUGUUUUUUUGAGUUUGUUUUUGUUUUACAUCUCAUGAAAGAAAUCAUGAAGAUCAUGGAUUUGCUUUGUCAUGUUUUGUAGCAUAAAUCUCAAGAUAUUUU